AAGUCUUUGUUGUCCAAAUCUAAUUUUCUGAUGUUAUAUGUUUUUUCUCAUUGUUCUAUUAGUGUCAGGACUCAGGAUUGUGCUGCUAGGGAAAAGUGAAGACAAGAAAACCAAACUGGCCAACUUCCUCAUUGGAGAGUCACAGUCUUUUCUCCAGAGACCUUUAUUAUCGGCCAAGCACUGUGUGGCCAUCUGCGGAGAGUGGAGAGAAAGGUCUCUCACAGUUGUACAAACACCAGACAUCUUCAGUUUGCCUGAGCAUUCAGUAACACGAGAGAUGAAAAGAUGUAAACAAUUGUGCUUCCCUGGACCAAAUGUUCUGCUGCUGUUAGUGAAGCCUUCAGAGUUCAAUACAUCGAACAAAAACAGACUGAACUUCAUCUUGAGUUUGUUUGGUCCAGAUAGUUUGAAAUACACAAUGGUCAUCAAGACACAUAAAGACGUUGAAACAUUUUAUGUGACACAACUGCUUAAAGACUGUGGAGGAGGACACUAUAACAUGUUUCAGGAAGACCAUGAACAGUUAAUGGAGAAGAUUGACAACAUUGUGUCUGCAAACACAGAGACAGAGACCAGUUCAAAGUCUGAACAGAUCAAACCAGCCUUAAACCUGGUUCUGUGUGGGAGGAGAGAUGCAGGGAAGACCUCAGCAGCCAAAGCCAUUUUAGGCCAGAUUGAGCUUCAUUCAGUCUCCAGCUCUCCAGUAUGUGUUAAAUAUCAGGGAGAGGUGUGUGAGCGUUUGGUUUCCAUAGUGGAGCUGCCUGCCUUGCAUGGAGAACCCUGGGCUACUGUGAUGAAGGAAUCACUCAGGUGUAUUUCCCUCUGUGAUCUUGAGGGCAUCCAUGCCUUCAUCCUGGUCAUACCUGUGGGUCCUCUCACUGAUGAAGACAAGGAAGAGUUGUUGACCAUCAAGAACACAUUCAGCUCUCAAGUCAAUGACUUUACCAUGAUUCUCUUCACCGUGGAGUCAGAUCCUACUGCUCCAGCUGUUGUUAACUUUCUGAGAGAAACCGAGGACAUAGAAAAACUCUGUCAAAGCUAUGGAGGAAGAAAAGUUGUGCUCAACAUCAAGGACCAACAGCAGAUCCCUAAGCUGUUUGAUUUUGUUGAUAAAAUGAGAUCCUGCAAGGAAAAAACAAGUAGCUAUACAAUUGACACAUAUGUACACAGCCAAAUAGAAAAGAUGACACAGCAAGAGAAUGUCAUCACCACUCUACAGGCUGAAAUUGAGAACCUGACAAAGAAAGGUGUGGUCACUGGUGAUGAUGAAAGACAGAGUCCAGAUUGUCUAAGGAUUGUACUGAUUGGGAAGACUGGCAAUGGAAAGAGCUCUUCAGGAAACACCAUCCUAGGCAAAGAUGUGUUUGAGGCUGAAUCAAGUCAAAAAUCCGUCACAAAAUGGUGUCAGAAAGGACAGGGUGAAGUGGACGGUCGUUCAGUUGUUGUAGUCGAUACUCCUGGACUGUUUGACAAUACCUUAUCUCGGGAUGAAGUCAUUGAGGAGUUGGUAAAGUGUAUCAGUCUUUUGUCUCCAGGACCACAUGUUUUCCUCUUGGUGUUACAGAUUGGCCGAUUUACACAAGAAGAGAAGGAGACAUUACAACUAAUAAAGGACAUAUUUGGAAAGAAUUCUGAAAAAUUCACCAUCAUUCUUUUCACAAGAGGAGAUGCACUUAAGCGUGAGAAGCGGACCAUUCAAGAAUACAUUGAACAAAAAGGUGAUGAUUCCUGCAAAAAGCUUAUCGCUGAUUGUGGAGGACAAUGCCAUGUGUUUAAUAACUAUGAAGAUAAUCACAUGCAAGUGAGUGAUUUGUUAAACAAGAUUGAGACAAUGGUGAAGAACAAUGGAGGCAGCUGCUACAGCAGUGAGAUGUUCCAGGAGGCUGAGGCUGCAAUCAAAAAGGAAAUGAAGAGGAUAUUACAAGAGAAGGAAGAAGAGAUGCAGAGAGAGAAAGAAGAACUUGAAAGAAAACAUGAUGAAGAAAUAAAAGCAAUGAAAGCAAGACUAGAGGAACAGACUGCAGAAAUUGAACGAGAGAGAAACCUGAGACUCAAACAACUUAAGGAAAUGAAAGACAAUAUUGAUAAGGAGCGUUUGGAGAGAAAGAAAGAAGAAGAAAAGAGACAAGAAGAUGACAGGAAAAGAAAACAACAAGAACAAGUGGGACAAAAACAGGAGUGGGGAGAAAAAAAAUAAAACUUGCCAGUGAAAAGAAACAUGGACGGGGGGGAACAGAGCAAAGAAGAGAUGGAGAAGCAGCGAGAAGACUGGGAGAAGAAACAAGCACAAAUGUGGCAGAAACGACAGCAAGAAGAUGAACAGAGACGACACAAGGAACAGAAAAGGUUUGAAAAGCUUCAAGAGGAAUAUAGGCAAGAGCAAGACAGGGAUGAAAAGAAAAGAAAAGAAGAAGAUCGAAUCAGAAGAGAACAAGAGGAGAAGGAAAGAAAAGCAUUAGAGGAAAGUUAUAUGAAAAAACUGGAGGUAAUGAAAAAUGACAUGAAAAAAUGUGAAGAGGAGGCCAGAAAACAAGCUGAAGAACUGAAUGACUUCAAAGAGAAAUACACCAACGACUUUGCAGCUCUGGUAGAUAAACACAUGGAGGAAAUAAAAAACAUGAAGCUAAAGCAUGAAAGACAAACGCAAGAAACUGAAGAGUUAAACAGAAAACAGUACAAUCUGUUGGGUGAACUCUCAAGCCAUAAUGAAAAACAUCUGAAAGAACAAAUUGAAGACUUGAAGAGAAAGCAGGAGCAAGAAAUUGAAGAUCUGAAAAAACAGUACCAGAGCAAAUGUAUCAUCCUCUGAUUAUGAUUGUCUGCCUGAACUGUUCUCCU